AAAAUAUCUUCGUUUCUUCAGUAAUCUGUAUUCAUUUUAAUUUAAAGUGCUUUUUCAUAUCGAGUUAUUUUAAUUCCCAGCUGUUGCAUCCUGGUUCAUUCAGUACAACCUAACCAUGGAUAAUAGGAGGCGCAACAAACAGUGCAACGUCUGUGGAGAUGCCGCGAUGGGUUUUAAUUUCGGCGCGGUGACAUGUGAAUCUUGCAAAGCGUUCUUCAGGCGUACUGCUCGGAAGGCACAGGUGGCUAAUUGCGUGUUCAAUGAAAAGUGUACAAUCACUGUUGCGACUAGGAGAUUUUGUUCUCACUGUCGUUUGAAGAAGUGCUUUGCUGCGGGUAUGAAGAGCAGCCUCAUUCUGGAUGACAAGGCCAAGCAAGAGCGUCACGAAAAAAUUGCCAAGAAUCGCCAAGCGCGCACAGAUCCAUUGUAUCCUAUCUCCAAACCUGGUUUGGACACCAAAACGGCAGUCGCAAGCAAUUCUGGUAACCUAUUCCUACAAGACGCAAACACCGGAGAGACCGCCACGGAUUCUUCAACCAGUGCCGUAGAAACUUUCGAGCGUCUGCUUUCCCCAGAUGCUCAAGAACCGAACGCGCUUUCGUCCAACAUGUCAUACACGAAUGAUCAGUGGCGAACAUUUCUGGAAAUCCCGACGGAAGCUGACGCUUCUCAUGUGUCGGACAUGAAUGACCGCUUGUACUGUAGGAACAGUCAGUCAUCCGCGUCCUCCUCCUUCACUUCUGGCGACUACCUCCAGGAACAGACUUCCACGGCUGCAGCCAAUACUACUGCCCCCGGUGUAGUUCAUACUGCACCUACCCCGGUGCUUUCCUGCUUCUCCGAUAAUGUAC